UUUCAACGUUCCCUUACGCGUGGUCUCCGUUGAAGGAAAAAUAACUAAAAUGUUUUUGUAGACGUGUUAGAUUCGGCCUGUCACGGGAGGCUGUACUGGCGGCUGAGCGGGGCCUUGGCAGUCUCCGAAGGUGGCAAAGUUGUUGACUCUCGUCCCUCGCUCUGGCCACUGUUAGCGUGCGGCACACAGGGACAGGCUCUGAUCUGCGUUUAUUGGAUAGUGUUGUAAUUGUAAGAAUCGUCGCUCGUGAGAUAACAAUCCAUCCUCAGUGCGUCAUGUCACAGCCGCGACGGCCUGCGCGCGGGGCAUCGCGGCAACCAACAGGCUCAGCGCUCAAUCGGCAGUGGCGACGAUCGUGUGUGUGCGUGGAGGGCCGCCAGCCUCCUCCCGCCUGCCAUCGCCACGCCCCUCCCCGCCGCGGUAACACGCAGGCCAUUGGCGGAGAGGUGAUUGUGUGGGCGGCGCUGCGGCGGGGGGCGGGGCGGGCGGCGUUGGACACAUGGCAGGGUGACGGCAUGUGGAGGAGGCCGAGGAAUACUGGAGUGGCUACCCCGGGCCCGGCGCUGCUCGGCUAGCGUUACGUGGUGUACUGUGCUGCGAGGUGCCGCGCGCUUCUGCACGUGUUGUGUUCCCAGGCCUUGCGCCCUGUCCACCGUCCUUUCGCCGUCUGCUUCACAUGGGCGUCGGCUGAAUGAUGCCCUGCGACCCCCUGAUGAAGCCCAAGCUCGGCUUUUCCAUAGAGUCGCUGGUGGGCGGCAAGGUGAGCUCGGAGGGCCGCGGGUCGCCGCCGCUCGCUGACACCUGCAGCGACCGAGGCGUCUCGCCGCCCACCUCCAUGCCGCCCUCGCCCCUCUCCCCCGGCCCGCCGGCCUUCAGCGACCUGCGGGCGCCCCUGGCCAUGCGUGCCCUGCUGGACGAGUACAAGCCGCUGCCCAUCCAGCGGCCGCAGCCCAUCAACGGGGCGAUACAUAGGCCGUCCCAGGAGGUGAGUCUGCCGCCCUCGCUCCUGGCGGCGGCAAAGCUCCCGACGGGCCUCCCGCCCGCCCUGCUGCCGCACCACCUCAACCUGGCCGCCCUGCCGCAGUUUCAGGGGCUCCCCGGAACUUUCCCGCCGCAGCUGAAUCCCCUGAUGAUGGGCGGCAGCGGCCCCGGCCUGGCCGCGCACCUCCCCCGGGAAUACCCGCUGUACCCCUGGCUGCUGUCACGCCACGCCCGCGUCUUCCCGCACGGCCUGCCAAGCCCCGAGCAGCUGGCUUAUCUCCUACAGCCCUUCCGCAAGCCCAAGAGGAUCCGCACGGCGUUCAGCCCGAGCCAGCUGCUGAAACUUGAAGAGGCUUUCGAGAAGAACCAGUACGUGGUGGGCGCCGAGAGGAAGCAGCUAGCGCAGUCCCUCAACCUCUCCGAGACACAGGUCAAGGUUUGGUUCCAGAACCGCCGAACGAAGGAGAAGAGGAUCCAGCAGGAGGACGAAGGCGAGAACGGAGGAGAGUCGGGCGCGGGCAACGGCGAGGGAGGAGCGAGCGGCGGCGGGGGCGGCGGGGGCGGAGGAGGUGCAACAGGAGGUGGAGGCGGUGGAGGAAACUCAGCGUCAGGUGGAGGAGCUGGAUCCUCCUCCCCUGACAAGUGUUCUCCUUCCUCCUCCUCCCCCGACAGAGCCUUGAAGCGCAUGGAGGAGGAGGACGAGGACGACGAGAUAAUCGAAGAGGAUUCAGAAAACGAGAGCGGGGUGGAGGUGGGCGUGGGCGUGGGCGGCGGGAGGGUAGACCUGAGCACGGGCUGAGGUGUCGCUACGCCCUCACCUGAACCAUGUCAUCUCUACCCCGCCCCGCCCCACCCCGUCCCGCCCCCUUGCCCCGCUGAGGGUGGUGGUAGCGGUGGUGGUGGAGACAGUGAAGGGCGAGGCGUGUACAUUACGUAGUGUUGGCAGCAGAUGACAAAGUGAUGUGUUGUGCAGGCGAGAACAGUGCGUUGAGUUGUGCAAUGAAGGUUGAGGCAGCGGAGGACAGAGCUGUGUUGCGCUGUGUUGUGUUGUGUUGUGCAGCGGCGAACAGACUCUUGUGUUGUGCUGUGCUAUACUGUGCAUGACACUGCCGGGGCUCAGUUUGGCUGCUUGUCAUGGCUGGGCCCGCUAGUCACGAAUGCAACGAGGAGACGGAGAACCCGGCUGGUGGCCACGGCUACAAAUAUGAAUGCAGUGUAUCGGAGUGCAGGAAGCGUUCAGUCUCAGCGGGUGAUAUGGAGGAAAAUCAUAUGCCAUUUACUACACUCCGAUGCACCUCAGUGAACAGUAAAUGUGGCAAGAAGUGUUCGGGAAAGAGUUCAUCACAUGUUUAUGGUGUUUAAAGGAAUCCAAUGCCAAGUUUGUGGGUCUCGUAACAACAUGGUGGAGAGGGAACACACUGAAGACACUCUGGUCGAAGUAAAUCUUGUUCACUCAUGGGUCGAGGUGUUGCGGCCUCGUGUACCACCCAGAGCAAGGAAAGGUAGGACACCCGUGCCCCGCCGCCACCCUCAGCUCAGCACACAGGACCAACCACUCACGGACACAUUCCGCCCCCCUCCCCCUCCCCUCUCUCUGGUGCUGCUGAAGCGCCUCCCUCGCCACCCCCAAGGCAGCACACAGCAGCAGCCACUAACUGACACAUUCUCCUUUAGUUCUUCAGUGCGGUGCUGCUGAGGCAGGCCCCCGACAUUCCAGAUCGGCACCCAGCAACAGACCCUGAUGGACACGUUCCCGCCGCCAACCAGCAGCACCGCCCCCUCCCCCCCCCUUCACCCCUCCCUCAUAGUCUAAGUUCAUAAACACAUCGUCUUCCUGUUGUUUUGACGUACACGUUGGUGUUGCUUUGUUAACUCUGUGCUGAGUCAGAGUCCCGUACGUUAUCACACUGUGGUGUAUUGUGUAUCAUAUCACGGCGGCGGCCACACUCGAGGCACGCACACCACCACACCGGCGGCGGCUGAGUGUGUGUGUGCCGCUGCAGGCCAUCGUGCUAGGCUAAGUGAGUGUUGAUCACCAGUGCGGAAGCUUUACUACACUUCCUAUAAUGUACGUGUGAGCUGCAAGUAACGCAACAUAUAAUUCUGAAAGCCAAGUCGACCUAUGCAGGUUCCUCUAAUGUAAAUAUUUUCCUAAUAAUAACGAUCUUGAGUGCGUAGAAGACUCAAUCACGACAGCGUCUUCUUCAGGCUAACGCGAGGUUAGUCUGGAGACAGGCGGCAGCGGCGGCCAGGCGGCGGUGGUGCUUCACUUGUCCGCCAAGCGUCUUGCCUGUGUGGAACUGACAACCUUUUGAAGUCUCUCUGUCAACGUGGGCGUCUGCUUCCUAUUCCCUGUCGUGACCUUUGUGAGGUCACGUGUACAGGCUGAUGGAAGAUUGUCUCGACAAGGUGUGGUACAGACAUAGGUGGAAGUUUGUUAUUAAAAACUGAACAAAACAAUUAGCGCACAUUUCGUGCAUGUGGUCGCCAUCCCUCAGUGCUGCAAAGAAUCCGUCAGAUCUGCUGCCUCUGUGCAUCUCAUUUCUACCAACCACUUAAUGAUAUGUUGAUGGCCGGGCGCAGCCAGAGACAUCCCCGGCUGCAGGAUUCCGCCGCGGCAACGCCACCACCAUGAAUGGCUGGUAAUUAAUUCCUGCGGGGAACACCGAGGCGAAGCUGCCGAGCCCUGUGUCACGCCGGGACCAUGCCCGAACCAACCCUCAGUCCUACCACAAGUUAUGUAUACACACACACACACACACACACACACACACACACACACACACACACAGACACACACA